AUGGAGGAUGAUAAUAAAUAUUUCGAUCAAUUCGAACGCGAUGUGUUCGAUACUGACAUUUUGCAGAGACAAAGGGAUCAAUAUUUUAGAGAUAUGAGAAGCAUAAAUGAAGACAAUGAUAGUAUUCUAAGAAUGCAAAGAAUUCCAACAAAAUACAGUUAUAUGCCCAGCAAAUAUUAUAGGCCUAAGAAAAAGGUGCAAAAACCUGGAAUAUUAAUCUUGGCCAAUAUUCACGGAAACGAAUGGAUUUCCAAUUCGGUUGCCUUGUGGUUUAUAAAGUCUUUGGUGGAAGGUCAUGUCGAAAAUGGCAUUCCAAGAGACAUGGAUAUGUUGGAAAAAUGCGACUGGUAUAUAAUGCCGGUGGUAAAUCCUGAUGGCUACGAAUAUUCACAUUCCAAGGACAGAUUUUGGACAAAAUCCAAAUCUUUGUACAACAUAAAUGACGAUAAGAGUUCCAGUUGGAAUUUAGAAAAAUUAAUUGGAUGGAAUUUUUAUCCGUGGUUAAAACAAUCACCGGAGAAAUCUUCGACGGAAAAAUGCAUCGGAGUCGAUUUGGAGCAUAAUUUUGGGUUGAACGUUGAAGGAACAAAUAGAUGUUCAGAUACAUACAGCGGUCCAAAUAUUUUUUCUGAACCAGAAACAAAGGCCAUCGCCCAAUUUAUGGCCAAACGUAAAAACAAGAUCAAGGGCCUCGGCCAAACUUGGGCCACAUUCGACAAAAACCAAGGCAAUUCAAACAACCAAUUCGGAUUCGAAUCCAAUUUAAAUUCGGAUGCAAUGAGGUUAGCCGGAAUUGCUCUAAGGAGCGUUGAACAAGUUCAACAGACGAAAUAUAAGAGUGAAUUAAUACAUUCCAGAGGUUCAUCAUUGGAGUACGCAAGUGACAUUUUGUCAAUACCAUAUGUUUACCAGAUAAAUUUGGCAGACGGAUACCACCAAAAUGGGUACCUGUUGCCAUCUCAAAAAAUUAAAUCGACGAGCAUCGAAAUUUGGCAAGGGGUUAAGGCUUUGGCCAAAAAUUUAUAG